UUUAGGUUUAGGCGGCGUGAAGAAGAAGAUGCUAGGGUUUCGCCGCCUCCUAAAGUCACAAGCAGCCAUCGAUUCAACUCAACUCAGCUCAGCUCGGCUCAGAUGCGUAGGGUUUUAGAUAGUUUUCACCUUUCAAUCGCAAACUCGAGCAGCAUUCCUCCCCAUCUGGGGAACUUGUCUUUUCUUGUUUCUUUGGACCUGAGUGGUAACAAUUACCAGGGCAAUCAACCUGGAGAUCUGUCCCGUUUGCGAUGCCUGUGGUUUAUGAACUUUAAGCUCAACAACUUCACUGGAGAUAAUCCGUCAUGGUUUGGUUCCUUUCCUGAACUUAAAUUUUUGUCAAUUAGAAAUAACAGCUUUACUGGAUUUAUCCCUCAUUCUCGAAGCCUGAAACAUUGGAACUAUCAUACAAUCCUUUACAAGGGUCUAUACCAUCCUCCAUUUUCAACAUUUCAACGUUGGAAAUUAUUGCUCUCUCAGGAAAUAACUUAUCUGGUAAUCUUCCUCCAGACGUGUGCAAUGAUCUUCCAAGUCUCAGAGGGCUUUAUUUAACUUCAGAUAAAUUAAAUGGCCAGUUGCCAUCAAAUUUAACUGCUUGUUCAGUAAUCCAACUAUUGUCAUUGUCAUCAAAUGAAUUUAGCGGACAGACACCAUGGGAAUAUGGAACCUUGAAGAAGCUGGAGGGGCUGUAUCUUGCCCGGAACAGUUUAAUAGGUAUGGUAAAGAAUUGUUGUAAAUCUACAGAGCCAAGUCUGGUUAAUUUAUCAACUUUGAUCAACUUCAAUGUAUCAACUUUAGUGAUGGAGCUAGGAUUUUUUUCCUUUGGGAGACCAAAAUUUUUCCUAACAAAAUUAUCUUAAUAA